GCCCCCGCAGGGCACCACCACGGCUCGCUGGGUACGAGUGCUUGCAGGGAUCUGGAGUCGCUGCCCGCACUCAGGGCCACCUUCUAAUAUAUUCUUUACGAUGGACGACGUGGUGAAGGUCGGGGACUUUGGGCUGGUGACCGCCAUGGACCAAGAUGAGGAAGAACAGACGGUUUUGACCCCGAUGCCUGCUUACGCCAGGCACACAGGCCAAGUGGGGACCAAGCUUUACAUGAGCCCAGAGCAGAUUCACGGCAAUACUUAUUCCCACAAAGUGGACAUCUUUUCUCUGGGCCUCAUCCUCUUUGAACUGCUUUACCCAUUCAGCACUCAGAUGGAGAGGGUCAAGACAUUAAGCGAUGUGAGGGAUCUCAAAUUUCCACCACUGUUUGCUCAGAAAUAUCCUCGAGAA